AGAAUGUUUUCCCCUCCCCAACACAGACAGAACUGCAGUCACCACAGACAGAAUGUUUUCCCCUCCCCAACACAGACAGAACUGCAGUCACCACAGACAGAAUGUUUUCCCCUCCCCAAUACAGACAGAACUGCAGUCACCACAGACAGAAUGUUUUCCCCUCCCCAACACAGACAGAACUGCAGUCACCACAGACAGAAUGUUUUCCCCUCCCCAACACAGACAGAACUGCAGUCACCACAGACAGAAUGUUUUCCCCUCCCCAAUACAGACAGAACUGCAGUCACCACAGACAGAAUGUUUUCCCCUCCCCAACACAGACAGAACUGCAGUCACCACAGACAGAAUGUUUUCCCCUCCCCAAUACAGACAGAACUGCUCCAUGAAGUUUGGCUCGUGGACCUACGACGGCAACAUGGUCGACCUGGUCCUUCUCGACCACUACGUCGACCGUAAGGACUUCUUCGACAACGGUGAAUGGGAGAUCCUCAACGCCACCGGCGCCAAGGGCAGCCGGCGGGACGGUAUCUACUGGUACCCCUUCGUUACCUACUCCUUCAUCCUCAAGAGGCUUCCCUUGUUCUACACACUCUUCCUCAUCAUCCCCUGUCUCGGUCUGUCCUUCCUGACCGUGUUGGUGUUCUACCUCCCGUCUGAUGAAGGAGAGAAGUUGUCUCUGUCCACGUCGGUCCUGGUGUCUCUCACCGUGUUCCUCCUCGUCAUCGAAGAGAUUAUACCUUCCUCCUCCAAGGUGAUCCCUCUGAUUGGAGAGUACCUCCUCUUCAUCAUGAUCUUCGUCACCUUCUCCAUCAUCGUCACGGUGUUUGUCAUCAACGUCCACCACCGGUCCUCAGCCACCUACCACCCCAUGGCCCCCUGGGUAAAAAACCUCUUCCUCCAGAGGCUACCCAGACUGCUUUGCAUGAGGGGACACACUGACAGGUACCACUACCCAGACAUUGAGCUGCGUAGCCCAGAGCUGAAGCCCCGCGGAGGUCCAGGGAGGAGGGGGGCGUCGGGCCAGGGCCAAGCCCAGCAGAGAGGCCCUGUCGGGGGGAAGGAGGAUGAGAACCAUGCCUGGUUGGCCAUGCUGGAGAAAGCCACCAGCUCAGUACGGUACAUCAGCCGUCACAUCAAGAAGGAACACUUUAUCAGAGAGGUGGUGCAGGACUGGAAGUUUGUGGCUCAGGUGUUGGACAGGAUCUUAUUGUGGGUGUUCCUCACUGUCUCCAUACUGGGUACCAUCCUCAUCUUCACUCCAGCCAUCACGUUGUACCUGACCACCCCCCCCUUCAACACAUAGACCCUGACCCCUACCCCCUACCCCCUACAUCCUACAACAUAUAAUCACUAGACCCUAACCCCUACACCCUACCCCCGACACCCUACAACACAUAAUCAGUAGACCCUAACCCCUACACCGUACCCCCUACACCCUGCAUCACACAAUCAGUAGACCCUAACCCCUACACCGUACCCCCUACACCCUGCAACACACAAUCAGUAGACCCUACCCCCUACCCCCUACAUCCUACAACACACAAUCACUAGACCCUAACCCCUACACCCUACCCCCGACACCCUACAACACAUAAUCAGUAGACCCUAACCCCUACACCGUACCCCCUACACCCUGCAACACACAAUCAGUAGACCCUAACCCCUACACCCUACCCCUACACCCUACAACACAUAAUCAGUAGACCCUAACCCCUACACCCUACCCCCUACACCCUACAACACACAAUCAGUAGACCCUACCCCCUACACCCUACAACACAUAAUCAGUAGACCCUAACCCCUACACCAGGGCUGUCGGUCCUGGAGGCCCAAACACUUCUGGUUUUCAUCCUCUCCUUCUAAUAAGGGACUAGUUCAGACCUGGGACACCAGGUGAGUGCAACUGACUGGAAUUGAACAGCCCUGCUCUACAGGGCUCUACUCCCUAACCCAGUGUUUCCCAAUCCUGGUCCUAGGGACCCAGAAGGGUGCACAUUGUGGAUUUUGCCCAGCACCAACACACCUGAUUCCACUAAUCAGGUUUGUAGUGUGUUGGUGCCAGUAGUGUAAAGUACUUAGGUCAAAAUAAUGGUUGGUGCCAGUACCAGGAUCAGGAAACACUGCCCUAACCCCCACAUCCUACAUCCUACACCCUACAUCCUAACCCCUACAUCCUAACCCCUACAUCCUACACCCUACAUCCUAACCCCUACAUCCUACCAUCCUCAUCUCUUCAGAUGUACCUUAGUGCCAGACAUUGAAGAUCCUGACCAAGUCCCCGACCACUGCUCUCAACACCUGCUAAGUACCUCACAGCCCCCCAUCACCAAGACCUCCAAACCAUAUGCAACGGAGUUGGAAUCACUACCUCUUCUAUAGUGUGAUUGGCUACGACGCUGGGGGUCAAGAGGGGGGUCAUGUGUAUUUACGAGGCAGAGGAUCCCUGGUUGGUUGGAGCCCAGGGACAUGGGAGGAAGCUACACUGUGACGCGUGUUACACAACUCCAGGCUUUACCCCAACUCUAGCCCCAGUCACCAACCCCUAACCCCUGACCCCUUACCCUAAAGGUCACACUCCAAAUGUUCCUUUGGAAGAAUCUAAGUCUAUCGCGACCUCUUCACCCUUGAAGCCAUAACCCCUAACCCCUAACCUCUAACCCCUAACCCCUAACCCCUAUACUUGCAAGUGGAAUUCAACUUCCUUGUCCUAAAAUACACCACGUAAUGUAAUUAUGACUACUGUACAUCAUCACUGAUAGCCUGGAUACCAGUCUGUUUGUGCUAACGUUCCACUCUGCGUCAUGUCAUGUUUGGCACAUGACACCGAGUAGACGGAGUGGAAUGUUAGCACAAAACAGAUCUGGGUUUCAGGAUACAUUACUAAAGGACGUCACCUCCAAACUGUACAACACAUAGUCACUUGUUUACGUAACUAUAUACAAUGUAGCCUGAGUGCCAGUCUGUUUGUGCCAUCACUCUAAAUCCUCCUCACCCAUAGUCAUGCCAAUUGGCUAGCCUGGUCCUAGAUCUGUUUGUGCCAUGAAUCCAACUCAAGGAGUAGCACAAACAGAUCUGGGACCAGGCACAUAUUGGCUUGCAGUGACGGUAGUGGAGUUGUCAAGAGCACAAACAGAUCUGGGACCAGCCUAACUAUAACGUGCACCUGUUGUUUAAACCCUUGGAUUCAAGCCAAACACUUUGGUUUACAACUCAAAACUCCAAGCACUGUGACGCACAUGUACAUAGGACUAUAAGCAAUAACCAAGACACUGAUAUCUUAUACCACAUCUCUAUGUUAUUAUUUGACUAUAUUUAUGUCGGUUCACAUUAGAAAUGUACAAAGUCACCUGCCUGCUAAAUGUUCUUACUCUUUCCUGUCGUCAGUCAGCACAUACCAACGACACAUUCGGGAUUCUUCCUAUGCACACACACACACACACACACACACACACACACACACACACACACACACACACACACACACACACACACACACACACACAUUCUCUAACUCUCUUUCACAUGUUGCAACUUGUUGUGUAAUAUUGUAUUGGAAAUAAACCUGGUCAAUGUAAGGGUCUCAUGUGUUUAACUAAAUCCUAUUAAACAACACAAUGGCUGAUCAACUAUUUGAUUGUAAUG